GUGGACUGGUUCUCGACCCAUCCCCCACUGUUUCCCUACCGAGCGUCUACACACAGACCACCACUUCCCCUCGUCGCUUACUCUGAUACCACGCUCGGUCUUCGCUGAAGUUAUAUUUAAUUGCUAUUGCGACUCCCCUGCUCACGGCACACUUUCCCUUCACCCGUCCGUUUCAUUUACCCACGCCGUAAUUGAUGCACUACCACCACUCCCACCAGGGUUGGUCUGGUGACUACCCUCGGCAACAAUCGUGGGGACAACCCCCACCAUCAUCCUAUCCUUACCCAUACUCAUCCAACGCGCAAUACCAGCCUCCCCCAGGCCCACCUCCGACUUCUCAUUACUCACCGCCCCCCGGCCCCCCGCCGUCUCACUACUAUCCUCCUCCUGGUAGUUACCCGUCUCCGGCACCUUCCCCUUACUACGGCCAGCACCAUACUCCUACGCCGCCACCUCAGUCAUCCUCACCUCAUCAACGGUCUUAUCACAACCACUCGCCGUCAUGGGGUCAGAACCUCCCGCCCCGUCCGCCUCAGGAUUCGCAGCACUUUGGCAGGGGCGCCCCAUCCAAUUACCGCUUCCAGUAUUCCAACUGUACCGGUCGGCGUAAGGCCCUCUUAAUUGGUAUCAAUUACAUCGGGCAGCCGAACCAGCUGCGCGGGUGUAUCAACGAUGUUACGAACAUGUCAACGUUCCUGAACCAGAAGUAUGGAUAUCGCAGGGAGGACAUGGUCAUCCUCACAGAUGAUCAGAAGAACCCGAUGAGUAUACCGAACAAGGCCAACAUCCUCAGAGCCAUGCAAUGGCUGGUGAAGGACGCGCAGCCCAACGACUCUCUAUUCAUACACUUCUCGGGACACGGUGGUCGUACACCCGAUCUUGAUGGUGACGAGGAAGAUGGUAAGACGCACCCAAAUGACUCUAGAAGACUUGUAACUGACAUCUCAGGCUACGAUGAUGUUAUCUACCCGCUCGACUACCGCACGGCAGGACAUAUCGUGGACGAUGACAUGCACGCCAUCAUGGUUCGUCCACUACGCCCCGGUGUCCGUCUAACUGCCAUUUUCGACUCUUGCCACUCCGGAACCGCUCUCGAUCUCCCUUAUGUCUAUUCCACGCAAGGUAUCCUGAAGGAACCCAACCUGGCCAAGGAAGCAGCGAUGGACCUAUUCAGCGCCAUCAACUCCUACGGAAAAGGCGAUCUCAGCAGUGUCGCGCAAACUGCUAUCGGCUUUUUCAAGAAGGCUGCCAACGGCGACACCGCGCGCCAACGGACCGUCAUGACCAAGACUUCGCCCGCCGAUGUGGUCAUGUUCUCCGGCUCCAAGGACACCCAAACCUCUGCGGACACAUUCCAAGACGGUGAAGCCCGAGGAGCCCUGAGCUGGGCAUUCAUCAAGACCUUGCAGCAACGACCCAACCAAAGCUACCUGCAAUUGCUGAACUCGAUUCGCAAUGAACUGGAGGGGAAGUAUUCGCAGAAGCCGCAGCUGAGCUGCAGUCAUCCAUUAGAUACCAAUUUGCUUUUUGUGAUGUGAGACGAUCACGCAACACGAUGCAUAGCGAGAGAUGCUUUUUGGUUCAUAUUUUACAUGUGCAUAUAUAAUUCCCAAACUAUGGAGUUUCGGAACUUUUCAUUAUGAUCAUGACAGUACUGAAUGAACGAGGUAUUACAUACUUACUGUACACAAUGAAACCACGGGGAUUAAA